UUAUUACUUUUUUUUUUUUUUAAACUAACGGAUUAUUAUUGUUGUUGUUUUAAAUUUAGCUCUAAGGGCUUAGCUGUUUGGGUUUUCUUUCGGUGCCCGGCCCCUGUCUCCCCGGCUUCCCUGGAGUGUGCGGAGCCGCGGCCCCCGCCCGCUCGGCCGCUCCAGCGCCCCUCGCUCGUCUCCAGCCUGCGGGGAGCGCGGGCGCCUCGCCGCCUUUAAAGUGAGGCCAGGGGCCGAGGCUGUGACAGGCCGGGAUCCGGGCCUCGCCUCCUUCCUCGGUGGCGCUAGGGCUCCUUGGCCUGUCUUCAGUGCGGACGGAGAAGCGAAAGCGGAUCGUCCUCGGCUGGGCUGCCACCGCCUCCAGGACUCAGAGCCCCCCCUCCCCGCGCACCCACCCACCCACCCACCCGGCCGGGCCCGGACUGGCCUCGGCGGCGCUCGGCUCACCCAGCCAGAAUGUUCGCCGCCGGGUUGGCUCCCUUCUACGCCUCCAACUUCAGCCUCUGGUCGGCCGCUUACUGCUCCUCGGCCGGCCCGGGCGGCUGCUCCUUCCCCCUGGACCCCGGCGCGGUGAAGAAACCCUCCUUCUGCAUCGCAGACAUCCUGCACGCCGGCGUAGGGGAGCCGGGGGCGGCCCCGGAGGGUCUAGCGGGGGCCUCGGCCGCCGCCCUCACCGCGCACUUGGGCUCGGCUCACCCGCACGCCUCUUUCCAAGCUGCCGCCAGAUCCCCGCUUCGACCCACCCCGGUGGUGGCGCCCUCCGAAGUCCCGGCUGGCUUCCCUCAGCGGCUGUCCCCGCUCUCAGCCGCCUACCACCACCAUCACCCACAGCAGCAACAGCAGCAACAACAACCACCUCAGCAGCAACAGCCUCCGCCUCCGCCCCGGGCUGGCGCCUUGCAGCCCCCGGCCUCCGGGGCGCGGGUGGGCCCGAACGCCCCUCAUAGCGGCUCGGCCCCGGCCCCCUCCAGCAAGGACCUCAAAUUUGGAAUUGACCGUAUUUUGUCUGCAGAAUUUGACCCCAAAGUCAAGGAAGGCAACACGCUGAGAGACCUCACGUCUCUGCUCACCAGCGGGCGGCAGGCAGGCGUACACCUCCCCGGCCUGCAGCCCUCCGCCGGCCAGUUCUUCGCGUCUCUAGAUCCCAUUAACGAGGCUUCUGCUAUCCUGAGUCCCCUAAGCUCGAACCCGAGAAAUUCAGUUCAGCAUCAGUUUCAAGACACGUUUCCAGGUCCCUACGCUGUGCUCACGAAGGACACCAUGCCGCAGACGUACAAAAGGAAGCGCUCAUGGUCGCGGGCGGUCUUCUCCAACCUGCAGAGGAAAGGCCUGGAGAAAAGGUUUGAGAUUCAGAAGUACGUGACGAAGCCCGACCGAAAGCAGCUGGCCGCGAUGCUGGGCCUCACCGAUGCGCAGGUGAAGGUGUGGUUCCAGAACCGGCGGAUGAAGUGGCGGCACUCCAAGGAGGCCCAGGCCCAGAAGGACAAGGACAAGGAGGCGGGCGAGAAGCCGUCGGGCGGGGCCUCGGCUGCGGACGGCGAGCAGGAAGAGCGGAGCCUCAGCCGCUCCGAGGGCGAGGCCGAGAGCGAGAGCAGCGACUCCGAGUCUCUGGACAUGGCCCCCAGCGACACGGAGCGGACCGAGGGGGCCGAGCGGGCUCUGCACCAGACCACGGUCAUCAAGGCCUCGGCCGCCGGCGCCCUCCUCCCUGCCGGCGGUGGCGGGAGCGCGGGAAGCGGCGGCGGCGGCGGCAGUUUCGGCUUCGGCAGCCUCGGAGGCGACGAUCUGCGCGAGCAUCUCCGCACAGAGAGCAGCGAGCUGGCGGCUGUGAGUGUGCACCUCGCCUUUGCCCUCUGCUGCGCGCAAAAGCGUCGCGCCCAGUCGAAGGUAAUCGAGGGCCCUCAGGCUGCGACCUCGCUCGGGUCGAUCCCAGCAUCAGCCCCGGAUGGUGGGCUGUUCCCGGAAAAUCUGAAAACCUUCCGGAGGGAUGGUCAUGAGGGCACCCGUCCUGCCUUCAGAGUCCUCUCCAGCUUUCCCACUAGCGCUCCCAUCUUCUCCCAUCGAUUUGCUCUGCAACCCAGGAGCCACUCCUCCUUUGCGUCCUCACCUGGCCUCCCCCAGGCCCAGCCGGCAUCCCCGCUCUGCUGCCUCCCUACACCUCCUCCUCCUAGCUGCGGCCCAGAGCCUCGGCCGGGCGGUGACCUGAGUCCUAACGCUGCCGCGGUGUCCGUGCAGCGGCGGGACGGGAUAUGA